AUGUCUCACACUUCGUCCUCCGGCGGCGAGGAGACUACUCCGUACGACGAGUCUGGAAUGACGAACGACAGCACAAAGACAAACAGGGACUCACCUGUGCCUGACCUACCCGACACUUCAGAGCCUAACGACGCACCCGCAGACACCCAGAACGAUCACACCAACAUUGACCAAGAUCUACUGGGAGUCGGCGCCCAGUUUGAUGAUAAGAAAUAA